ACCAAAUAUUAUUACUUCACUGCGGCCCACUGCUCCUUAAUAACUAAGGAUGGGUACAAUGCAGAGAAGAAGUUACCCAUGGGGAUCAAUAAAGUGUACUUUUCUAUUUUUUUUUUCUCGUAAGGGUCCCUAGAGUUAGAGUGAGGUGAAGUGGUCAAGCACAAAGUACACAGCUGGAAUUUACAGACUUUUUAGUCUGUAAAGCCUCUGAGAAUAUCAGUAAAAGAAAGAAAAACACUUUGAGUGAUGCAGGUUGAGCAGUUACCCACAGUUAGUCUAAGUGGCCCACAACUGUUUAGUUCACUUUGUCACACACACUGUUCUGAAGAGAUACUGUGACAGAGUGCUGGAGUGUGUGUGGGACGUGUUGAACGGCUGAUGUCUCGCAGCAGCAUCAUAUCACACAACACAACCUGCCCGGAUACUGUCCUGGACACAACAUGGAAAGAUGAGAAUGUUGUUGGUUUGUUGUUGUUUGACUCAACAGCAAUCAGGUGCUUCUCUAACUUAUUAUUCUUUUUAAAUACACUGAUAAGUAUCCUAAUGGGACAGCUGUACAAUCCAACACCUGAUGGAUGAUUCUUCAUCACUUCAUUUUCCUUCUACUUUUUCCUCUUCCUCCUUCUUGAUCUGCACCAUCACUGCUGAUCUCCUCUCUUCUCUCUCCUCGUCCUUCUUCUCUUUUUCUCCUCCUGGCAUUUCAUACCCCUCUCCUCCUUCUGCACUAAUUGCCUUUCAACUGUGGCCCUGCUGUGGGACUGGGACUAUGUUUAGGACUGCAUUGGGCGUCUUUGAUCUUUGCAUUAUGUAUUAUACAUGUAUUAUGUAUUAUAUUUCUGUUCAUUUCUGUUCUGUAUAAAGUUCUGGUUGUGUUCAAAAAAAAGAAAAAAUGAAGUUAGCUCAUUCAGAUCAUUCAUAUUCUAGGCUGCCAUCUAGUGACAGAAGCUGUGCAGAGAUGUUAGACACAUGGGGAAAGAUAUGUUGUCAAAGUGCCCAAAACACAGACAAGAUCAAUUUACAAAUCUAAAAACCAAAAGAUAAGCUUUUGAAAUCUGAGCCUCGUGGUGAAUUGUGAUGUUUGCUCUCCAUUACAGUUUAACUUGUGGGUAAAUGCAAGGCCGAGGAGCGGAAGCCCAGGCCAGAGCGCGAUAAGAGCGGAAAGAAGUGUGUGAGUUAGUGUGCAGUGACCCAGUCUCACAGCUCCGCUUGGAUUCAGACCGAUCGGUAGACUUUACCCUGUCCACAAAUAAAAAACGUGCCAUUUCACAGAGUACAUUUGGUGGCACUUUAUGUAACAUAAUUAUGCAACUUGACCAUUAAUAUAAGACACAGUCUUUAGGCACGAGCCAAGGUUCACUGAGGCUGGAACUGUUCCCUCUGCCACGCUGCUCCUAAAUUACAGCAAUAUAACUACUGUUACUUUUACUACUACGUCUAAUAAUAGGAUUAUUUGUACCACUCGGCCGACUACAACUUCAACUAUUACUAUUACUGCAACUAGCCUAGUACUACUGCAUUGUUUAUUUCAUGUUAUGCUGACAUUGAAUCGUGACUUGAUGAAGCACAUUGUAUCAGCCUGUGUAUGAGAUGCAGCAACACCUUGCUUUCCCUACUACUACAACUUGUUAUUGCAACAGUAAAACAUAUUUUAUAAGCUUAUCCCCUUUUGUAUGUUUGAUACAAUAUUCCCAUUUGAAUUGUAGUUGAGCAGAAGUAGAAAGUACACAAGUACAAAUAGGUCUACACAGACACCCCCGAUAAUAAAGUGUAUAGCGUAAUAUAGACAGGUACAGAGGUUACAAAAGGUAUGACUCCCAUGAGGAGCCUCUUGGAGCUGCAGGUGAAGCCACCAUGAGUCCAGUCCAGUGUUGAGAGUUUAUACCUAAAUUCAAACUGUGUCUAAGUGUAUGUUUCCUCGCAUGUCCACAAAAAAAGACAACUGCAUCCAUGGUUAUGACUUUGACUAGAUCAUUAGUGUCUUCUACAUUCCACUUGGCAACAAACAGUUCUAAUGAGCGUGUUCUGACUUAGGAACGCACGCAUGCUCCCACUUCAUUUCCUCACCCGGGGGAGGUUAUAGAGAGUAACAAUGUAAUUACAAUGUAAUAACAUAGUUGUUAUAGGAUAUAUGGAUGUAUGCUGUAUUGAAAAGGGUUUCCUGACGCUAACAUGUUGUGAGUCGUAUUUUAUAGAGAGCAUGUUUGCCAAUAUUUAAUAUCCCAUUGAAUCGAUAGAGUUUUGAAUAAUACAGUCUGGAUCAUAGGCAUGACAGUCCACGUCACAGUCCCAUGUGGCCAUGGCCAAUGGAGAGCUAUGAUUCAGUUGGAUGUGGUCAGGGGUGUGUUGUGGUCUGCUUCUUGGAACUGGGUUUGGGAAAGAGGGUUAUCUGCUGCUGAUAAGGGCCACAUAUAAAAGACUGGGUCGGGAUGAGAGCAACUUAUUUCACUUUGCUAACUGGAGGGAGCAGCGACAGGAGAGGAUUUGAGAAUCAUGCUGCUGCUCGUGGUCACCCUGUCCAUUGCCAAUAUGUUUUUAGCUGUUGGAGUUGUUUGCAUGCCUCUAUCGGACCAGGGCCCCCACCUCGCCCACAGCUGGGGCCAGUUGGUCCGACUCACGCACCUGUACUCCGCCAGGCCGGGCCUACACCUACUGAUCAGUGAGGAUGGACACAUCCACGGCUCUGCGCACCAAACUCCGUACAGCCUGCUGGAGAUCAGUCCGGUGGAUCCAGGCUGUGUUGUCAUCAGAGGAGUAGCAACCGCACGGUUUCUCUGCAUCGAGGGCGAUGGAAGACUCUACUCAUCGCACACCUACAGCAGAGACGACUGCACGUUCAGAGAGCAGAUCUUGCCAGACGGCUACAACAUCUACGUCUCUGACAGACACGGAGCUCUGCUCAGUCUGGGAAACCACAGGCAGAGGCUGCAGGGUCGAGACCGGGGCGUACCGGCUCUGGCCCAGUUCCUCCCGAGGGUCAGCACCCUGGAUCCGGCCUCGCCCCCUGGAAUGGACGUACCUGGCCAGCAGCAGAGCACAGCACAAACAGAAGAACCUGUGGACUCGAUGGACUCGUUUGGAAAGCUCUCUCAGAUCAUCCACAGUCCCAGCUUCCACAAGAGAUGAGACAGUUG